GUAAGCAAUAUGCACAGCUCUCACAAAUGAUACAUUUCAAAGCUUAAAUUGUACCAAUAUCAACUAAUGUAUUCUCCUCUUUACUCUUUCUCUUGCAGACCAGAGAGAAAACCAAAGAUUUCAGCUUCAAGGAAGCUUAUGCUUAAGAGUCUGAUGGUUGCAAAGGCCAAGGAUGAACUAGAGCAGGAGAUCCUUGAAAAAGAGCGAGAGAAACAGAGGUACUUGGCAGAGAGAGCUCCAUCACUCAACAUCAGCCACAUGAGUGUAGCACAGUUACAGGAUCUGUGCCGAGAGCUCCACUCCAAAAUUGAUGAGGUAGAUGAGGAGCGAUAUGACAUCGAGGCCAAAGUGAUGCUCAACACACGUGAGAUUAAAGAUCUGAGCAUCAAGGUGUUAGACCUCAGGGGCAAAUUCAAAAGGCCCACUCUUCGCCGGGUUCGCGUGUCUGCGGACGCCAUCCUUCGCUCAUUGCUGGGAUCAAAGCAUAAAGUCUCUAUGGACCUCCGAGCAAACCUAAAGUCUGUCAAGAAAGAGGACACAGAGAAGAAAAGACCAGUGGAGGACAGUGACUGGAGGAAAAAUGUGGAGGCCAUGUCAGGAAUGGAGGGAAGAAAGAAGAUGUUUGAUGCUGCUAAGGGUUCUGCCCAGUGAAGGCACAACAUGAAUGCAUCUUGUUCUCACCAUCAAUUAGAGCUACUUCCAUGAAUUCAAGACAAUGUCCGUUACCUCUCAGCUGCUGUAACCUAAUAUGCUUCAUACUGUAAGACUAUACUACUGCUUAUCUUUGUGACUUCUAUUGUCACUUUAUAUGAACAGUAUUUGAAAACAGCCGCGCAGUUGAUUAGUAACAAAACUUGCAACCUAAUAAAAUCUGGUUUCUUUUUGA